CAGAUCACAUUAGCCAUGAUCGUGUUUCUGAAGUCUGUCAAAAUUGGGAACAGGCUCUACUGACGAGAUAUAUUUAGUCUUACCCUGGCCUUCAACACGACAACAUCAAAAUUUAUUGUUAAUUGUUAAAAUUCUUGGAGAUUUGUUUUGGAAAACUCACAUAGAUUCGUGAUGUGUUGCGGACCCUGCUGUGGAACUUGCUACUACCCUUGCUGUAGCCCCUGCUUUAGUGGCCGCUGUUUUGGACCACGAUGCGGAUUCUAUAGUGGACCAUGUGGACCUUGCUGCGGGGGCGGAUGUUGCAGCAGCUGCGGACCGUCUUGUUAAUUUUGGUACUCCGUAACCAAAACUUUUUGAAGACAAUUAUUUAUUAACAUGGCCUAUUCGUCUUGAAAACAAGAUCAAGACGUAAUAAAAGGUGUUUGACUUUC